ACCAGGAGGAGGCCCCAGGGGCUGCUCCCCUCCUCGAGCCAGGGCUGGGCCUCCGGGUCCCACGUGAUCCUCGGCCGGUCCCUUUCCCCCGGCGGGUCAGGGGCGGCAUGCAGCCCCCGGAGAGCGGCGUCCACUACAGCAGGUGGGACGACAGCCUUCGGGACGAGGUCAGCGUGGCGGCCGUGUCCAGCACGGAGGCGUCCUGCUGCAGGAGGACCUUCCAGAAGCUCUGCACAGGCAAGCUGGGGGUCGUCAUGAAGGUGCUGGGCGGAAUAGCCCUUUUCUGGGCCAUCUUCAUCCCGGGCUACGUCACUGGCUACUAUGUGCACAAGUGCAAAUAAAUCCUAAGUCACA